AUUAAGAGUUAAAACACUAAUAGCAACAAUAAGAAGAAAGACAAAUGGUAGAACUAAGAAGAAAGGUACUGAUAUCAGUCAACAUCGCCGAUAUUGUAACCAAUAUUUUGCACCGAUAUCUCGGCAAGGGACCAAUAACAGAAACAAAAUGCAGCGUGUGAUUGGAUGGAUUCACCGAAACAAAAUGCAGCGUGCGAUUGGAUGGAUUCACAGAAACAAAAUGCAUCGUUGCAACGUCUCCAAACUGUUGACAAGGUUAUUCUUAGAGUAUUGGAACUCGCGGGUAGGUUGAUGGAAGAGUUCGCGAUCCCUAGUGGACCCAGGAAGGAAUUGAUCAACAAUCACUGCAGCGAGUUCAUGCAAUUAAUCAAGAAUAUACAAGUGACCAGUUUGAGGGAAGAGAUUAAAAGCGCGUGCGAAUACCGUCCAUUUGGGAAAUGUGAUUACAUAGCACGAAUAUCAAAUGAAAUCUGCUGCAAGAAAGUUGAGUAUGUUAUUGAGAAAUUGAAAGCGAUGAAAGAAACAAUUGACGCCCCCUACAUAUUUCAUCUUUCAGAAAUAUGA